GGGCGGGGCUAGGGGCGGGGCCCCGCCGGGGCUCGCAGUGGCUUCGUCCCGCGGUGACGGCGGCGGCGGCGGCGGCGGUGGCGGUAGCGGCGGUGUCAGAGGCGGUGUCGGAGACUGGCAUCGGGGCGCCUAGCCGAGCGGAGACGGAUCCCGGGCGAACGCGUCUCCAGCCACCCCGGCUCAUGCCUCUCUGCCUCCUAACUCUCAAGCAGAGUGUCUGCCGCAUGUGAUGAAAGUGUCUACUCUCAGGGAAAGCUCAGCCAUGGCUUCCCCACUGCCCCGGGAGAUGGAGGAGGAGCUGGUGCCUGCUGGCUCUGAGCCAGGUGACACUCGGGCCAAACCCCCUGUCAAGCCCAAACCCCGGGCCCUGCCUGCCAAGCCAGCCCUGCCUGCCAAACCCAGCCUGCUGGUGCCUGUUGGGCCUCGGCCUCCCCGGGGUCCCCUGGCCGAGUUGCCCUCUGCCAGAAAGAUGAACAUGCUGGCAGGACCCCAGCCCUAUGGUGGUAGCAAGCGCCCCCUGCCCUUUGCACCAAGGCCUGCGGUCGAGGCCUCCACUGGAGGAGAAGCCACCCAAGAUACUGGGAAAGAGGAGUCUGGGAAAGAGGAGCCACCCCCUUUGACACCCCCAGCCCGAUGUGCUGCCGCAGGGGGCGUUCGGAAGGCCCCUGCCCCUUUCCGCCCAGCCUCAGAACGCUUUGCGGCCACCACGGUGGAAGAGAUCCUGGCCAAGAUGGAGCAGCCUCGGAAGGAGGUCCCAGCCAGCCCUGACCGCCUGUGGGGCUCCCGUCUCACCUUUAACCAUGAUGGCAGCUCGCGGUAUGGCCCCAGGACCUAUGGCACAACCACUGCUCCCAGGGAUGAGGAUGGCAGCACCCUCUCGAGGGGAUGGUCCCAGGAGGGGCCAGUAAAGUCUCCAGCAGAGUGCCAGGAAGAGCACAGCAAGACCCCUGAGGAGAGGAGCCCCCCUUCCGACCUGGCCUUCAAUGGGGACCUGGCUAAGGCAGCCAGCUCGGAGCUACCUGCUGAUAUUUCCAAGCCCUGGAUUGCCUCCAGUCCACCUCCCUCCUCUGAGAAUGGAGGCUCUGCCAGCCCAGGCUGCCCGCUGGAAGCCUCAGGCCCAGGCCCUGGCUCUCCCCAUCUUCACUCACUCAAUAAGAGUUCUCCCUGCCACUCACAGCUUCUGGAAGCCCAGAGUCCUGAAGCUUCCCAGGCUUCUCCCUGCCCUGCUGGGACUCCAUCAGCUCCAAGUGCAGUCCUACCUGACAAAGGCUCCCACCACACCCCCAGCCCAGAGCUCCCAGCUGAAGGGGCCCCAGAGGCCCCCAGACCCAGCAGCCCUCCCCAUGAGGUCUUGGAGCCCCACAGUCUGGAACAGCCCCCUGCCACCUCGUCCCAGCCCCUGAUCGAGGUGGGUGAGUUGCUGGAUCUCACUCGGACGCUUCCAUCUAGUGGGGAGGAGGCGGCCAAGGGUGACGCACUCCUCCGCCCCACCAGCCUGGUUCAGCGCCGAUUCUCCGAAGGUGUGCUCCAGUCACCCAACCAGGACCAGGAGAAGCUGGGGGGCUCGCUGGCUGCCCUGCCCCAAGGCCAGGGAAGCCAGUUGGCCUUGGAUCAUCCCUUUGGAGCAGAGUCCAACUGGAGUUUAUCACAGUCCUUCGAGUGGACCUUCCCCACGCGGCCCUCGGGUCUGGGAGUGUGGCGGCUGGACUCCCCGCCUCCCUCUCCCAUCACUGAAGCCAGUGAGGCCGCCGAGGCUGCUGAGGCUGGCAACUUGGCCGUGUCCGGCAGAGAAGAAGGAGUGUUUAAGCAGGGGCAAGGGGCCUGGUCAACGCCAAGUGGAUCAGAAAGGCCUAGUUCCUGGGUGCAGGGGGAUGAUCCAAGCAUGUCCCUUACCCAAAAGGGGGAUGGGGAGAGUCAACCUCAGUUCCCAGCUGUUCCCCUUGAGCCCCUACCUGCAGUUGAGGGCAUGCCUGGAUUACCUUUGCAGCAGGCAGAGGAGGGGUGUGAGUUGCAGGAGCCCCUGGCUGGACAGGAGUUCCCUCUCCCUCUGGCUACCAGGGAGGCAGCCCUGCCCGUCCUGGAGCCAGUCCUGGGGCAGGAGCAGCCAGCACCACCUGACCAGCCCUGUGUUCUCUUUGCUGAUGCCCCUGAGCCUGGGCAGGCCCUGUCUGUUGAGGAGGAGGCUGUGACCCUAGCUCUGGCCGAGACCACCGAACCCAGGACAGAGGCUCAAGACUCCUGUAGGGUGUCCCCCGAGCCUGCGGGGCCUGAAAGCAGCUCCCACUGGCUAGACGACCUCCUGGCUUCACCACCACCCAGUGGUGGCAGUGCACGGCGAGGAGCUGGAGCUGAGCCGAAGGAUGCACAGUCCCCAAGUACCUGCUCCGAGGGACUCCUUGGCUGGUCCCAGAAAGAUCUGCAGAGUGAAUUUGGGAUCACAGGAGACCCACAGCCCAGCAGUUUCAGUCCUUCCAGCUGGUGUCAAGGUGCUUCUCAGGACUAUGGCCUUGGGGGUGCAAGCCCUAGAGGAGACCCAGGCCUCAGAGAGGGUGACUGGACCAGCAAGUAUGGGCAAGGAGCUGGGGAAGGGAGCACCAGGGAGUGGGCCAGCCGGUGUGGCAUCGGCCAGGAGGAGACGGAGGCCAGCAGCAGCCAAGACCAGAGUGAAAUGACUGCUCCAGGGGGCCUCACAGCCCAGGACCGGGUAGUGGGAAAGCCAGCCCAGCUUGGCAAGCAGCGGAGCCAGGAGGCAGAUGUUUCGGACUGGGAGUUCAGGAAGAGGGAUUCCCAGGGCACCUAUUCCAGCCGGGAUGCAGAACUCCAGGACCAGGAAUUCGGGAAGAGAGAUUCACUGGGUGCUUACAGUAGUCGAGAUGUAAGCCUUGGGGACUGGGAAUUUGGGAAGAGAGAUUCUCUGGGUGCUUAUGCCAGCCAAGACGCCAAUGAGCAGGGCCGGGAUUUGGGGAAGAGGGACCACCAUGGCAGAUACGGCAGCCAGGAUGCUGAUGAGCAGGACUGGGCGUUUGAGAAAAGAGAUGUGUCCCUCGGCACCUAUGGCAGCCGGGGUGUGGAGCCACAGGAACAGGAGUUUGGGAAGAGCGCUUGGAUGAGGGACUACAGCAGCGGUGGCAGCUCGAGGACCCUUGACACCCAGGACAGAGGCUUUGGAACGAGACCCCUGAGCUCUGGGUUCAGCCCUGAGGAAGCCCAGCAACAGGAUGAGGAAUUUGAGAAGAAGAUUCCGAGUGUGGAAGACAGCCUUGGAGAGGAUAGCGGGGAUGCUGGCCGGCCAGGCGAGAGAGAAUCAGGGGGCCUGUUCAGUCCUAGCACUGCUCACAUGCCAGACGGGGCACUCGGGCAGAGAGACCAGAGCAGCUGGCAAAACAGUGAUGCCAGCCAGGAGGUGGGAGGGCAGCAGGAGAGGCAGCAGGCAGGGGCUCAGGGUCCUGGCAGUGCUGACCUGGAAGAUGGGGAAGUGGGGAAGCGAGGCUGGGCCGGUGAGUUUAGCCUCAGUGUUGGCCCCCAGCGAGAGGCAGCAUUUAGCCCAGGGCAGCAGGACUGGAGCCGGGAUUUCUGCAUCGAGACCAGUGAGAGGAGCUAUCAGUUCGGCAUCAUUGGUAAUGACAGAGUGAGUGGUGCUGGCCUGAGCCCUUCCAGCAAGUCGGGAGGUGGUCACUUUGUGCCUCCUGGGAAGACCACAGCUGGCUCUGUGGACUGGUCUGACCAGCUGGGUCUCAGGAACUUGGAAGUGUCCAGCUGUGUGGUUUCCGGGGGUUCGAGCGAGGCCAGGGAGAAUGCCGUGGGACGGAUGGGCUGGUCAGGCGGCCUGGGCUUAAGAGACAUGAACCUGACCGGCUGUUUGGAAAGUGGAGGGUCUGAAGAGCCUGGGGAAGUCAGAGUUGGGGAGAAGGACUGGACUUCUGAUGGUCAUGUCAAGGGCAGAGAUUUGGCUGAGGUCGGUGAGGGAGGAGGCCACAGCCAGGCCAGAGAGAGUGGUGUGGGGGAGACAGACUGGUCAGGGGUGGAGGCCGGAGAGUUCCUGAAAUCAAGGGAGCAUGGCGUUGGACAGGCAGACUGGACACCUGACCUGGGGCUGAGAAACAUGGCCCCAGGGGUAGUCUGCAGUCCCGCAGAGCCCAAAGAGCUUGGGGUGGGCCAGAUGGACUGGGGGAACAAUCUGGGCCUGAGGGAUCUGGAGGUGUCCUGUGACCCAGAGUCUGGAGGUUCUCAGGGGCUGCGGGGAUGUGGAGUGGGGCAGAUGGACUGGACCCAGGACUUGAGGCCCCGAAAUGUGGAGCUCUUCGGGGCUCCAACUGAAGCCAGGGAGCAUGGGGUGGGUGGGGUUGGCCAGUGCCCAGAGCCAGGCCUGCGGAACAAUGGCAGCUUGUCCCCUGGCCUGGAGGCCAGAGACCCCUUGGACGCCAGGGAGCUGGGGGUUGGUGAGACAAGUGGUGGGCCAGAGACCCUGAGAGAAGAUGACCCCUCGUGCUCCUUGGAGAUACACCCUGCAGACCCUGGAAUGGAGAUGGGAGAAGCCCUUGGCUUUGGAGCCAGUCCUGGCAGGUGCCCGGCCCGCUCCCCACCCUCCGGCUCCCAGGGCCUGCUGGAGGAGAUGCUGGCAGCCAGCAGCUCCAGGGUGGUGGCGCGGAGGGAGUCAGCGGGCUCAGGACUUGGGGGCCCGUUGGAGGAAGGAGCUGCAUCAGGUGCUGCCCAGGAGGAGGUGCUGGAGCCUGGCAGGGACUCUCCACCGUCCUGGAGGACCCAGCCUGAUGGCGAGGCCAGCCAGACAGAAGAUGUGGACAGCACCUGGGGCUUUUCAGUGGCCAGGCGGAGCGAUCAGGGGCCAGCACAGGCUUCUCGGCGACCCUCCCAAGGCCCUCCUCCCAGAUCCCCCAGUCAGGACUUCUCCUUCAUUGAGGACACCGAGAUCCUCGACAGUGCCAUGUAUCGGAGCCGUGCCAACUUGGGGCGCAAACGUGGGCACCGGGCCCCGGCCAUUCGGCCUGGGGGUACCUUGGGCCUGUCGGAGGCAGCAGACUCGGACGCCCGCCUGUUCCAGGACUCUACGGAGCCACGGGCAUCUCGGGUGCCAUCUUCAGAUGAAGAGGUAGUAGAGGAACCUCAGAGCCGCCGGACACGGAUAUCCUUGGGCACCAAGGGGCUGAAAGUCAACCUCUUUCCUGGCCUGAGCCCGUCAGCCCUGAAGGCCAAGCUGCGUUCCCGGAAUCGCUCAGCUGAGGAAGGGGAGCCAGCAGAGAGCAAAUCGAGCCAGAAGGAGUCCGCAGUCCAGCGCUCCAAGUCCUGCAAGGUCCCAGGGCUGGGGAAGCCCCUCACCUUACCUCCCAAGCCAGAGAAGUCCUCAGGGUCAGAAGGAUCGUCGCCCAACUGGCUGCAAGCCCUGAAGCUGAAGAAGAAGAAGGUCUGAGAAGUGACUGAGGUUCUUCCCAUCUGGCAGUCUCAGGCAGUGCCCAUUCCUGUGGGGUCCCUGGGUGAGGAGACGGCUGGAGCCCCACCACGCCACGCCCCAGGCUGUAGCCUCUGUCCCCCUCCACCUCUGAGCAGCAUCUGGGGAGGCACAUUUAUGCACUUUGUAUCACCUUCCCGACUCCCCCAACACCUUCCCUUCCAGCCUGGAUUUCAUCACUAGUGGUUGAAGGUUCUGUCCCUCCCUCCUUCUUCCCUCUCCCUCUCUGCUUCCUCCUCCAGCCUCCCUUGGGUUUUCUUUUGAUACCAAUUUAUAGCAUUUUUUAUAAAAGCCUUUGAUUUUUAUAAUGGGUGGGACUAUACCCCUGCCCCACCCCAGGUCUCCCUCUGCCCCACCAGGUACCCCACAGAGACCAAUGACAUUUUGCCACUUGAAACAAUAAAUAAAGUUUUUUGGGAA